AUGACGACGUUUGGAAACGAUGCGAUAAUGGUGACCAAAAAUUCCGGUGUCAAGUCGAUCAAUCUCCCAAGCAUUAGCGGAUCAAGCCCUUCUGUUCUCAAGGGCGAAGUGAGAAAGCUCCGCGCUACGGACGUCGACCCAGGCCCCUGGAGGGAUAUGGACGAUGACCUAGAGGUAACUGAGAGCGGCGACCUUUUAGAAUGGUUAUGGGUCAACUGCGUGAAGCUCGUCUUGGAUAAACUAUCCAAGGACGGAGAUGUGACUUUCCAGGCACAUGAGCCGCCCCGAAUCUGGUGGAUUGGCACAGGGGCCGCCAGCGGACUCCCAUUCCACGCUGCGGGAGACUAUGGUGGCAAUAACCCAGACGCAAACACUCUUAGUCUAUGCAUUCCGUCCUACGUUCCAAGCAUCGGAGCGCUUCGUUUUGCGAGGAAGUCUGCCUCCCGUCUUGAUAAGGGGUUAGGCCUACUUGAGGGAAGCAGGAAUUCUGUGUUGCUAGUGACGAUGCCAUCGUCUCCGGGAUUGGGAGACCUCGAUGGUGCCAUGCUCGAGGCAGAGGCCAUUGAACAAGUCAUCGAGACGGUCAAAGAUGAUAAUAACCAGGAAUCACCCACCAGCUGGUCAAGGAAACUUUUGACAUGCCCUUCCAGCGAGGUUGUCUUACAGAAUCUGCCACACCACAGCAUUGUGCACUUUGCCUGCCACGGCUCCGCAGACCACAUCGACCCUUCCAAGAGCCAGCUCAUAAUGCAGACACGAAACCCCCAAACCGGAAUAAUCACCGCUGACGCGCUGACGAUGUCAGCCAUUUCCCGCUCCAUAGUGACCAGAGGUUCAUCAUGGAUCGCUUUUCUCUCGGCCUGCUCGACGGCUGAGACAAAGGCAGACAAAUUCGUCGAUGAGGGCUUGCAUCUCGUCAGCGCGUUCCAGGUCGCUGGAUUCGCGCACGUCAUUGGCUCGCUUUGGACGGCGGCAGACGAUGCCUGUGUCGUCCUCGCGCGGCUGUUCUACACUUUUCUUACCGCGCAGGGCCAGUCUAGGGUCGUGGAUCCGAACCGCGCGGUGGCAGAAGCGCUGCGCGAUGCCGUCUUGCAACUGCGACGGGCGUGGCUACGUAAUCCGCGGCUCUGGGCAACGUUCAUUCACUCUGGGGCCUAA